UCAAAGGAUUUGAAUCCAUGGCCGUAAAAUAAAUUAAAAAAAAAAAUCGCGACAAACUCCAUACUAGUAUCGACCAAUCGACUUUUCAGUUUUGAGGCUUUCCAUUUUGCGCAAAAAUAUAGAACAGUAAUUUUAAAUUUUUUGAUUCUUUUGGAUAAUAAUUCAUAAUGUCGGAUUCUGAAGAUGAAGAAUUUAAACUUAAAGAUUUUAAAGAAAUAUCUGACGAAAUUGAACGCUGUAAGUCAAAUCCAGACACUUCAGGGAUGUUCGUAUCUGGUUGGGAUGAUGCAGAUCAAGAUGUGGAUAUUGUAAAAAAUCCAAAAGAGAAUCCUAUUGAUCAUAUUUUGUGGGCAGCUGAAAAUGGGGAGUUGGAAACUUUGAAAGAUCUUGUCAUUAAACAACCAGGACUUAUACAUGCCAGGGAUACAGAUGGCUACACACCCUUACACAGAGCAGCUUACAGCAAUCACAUUAAUGUAAUAUCAUAUUUGCUUAGUGUUGGGGCCAGUAUUAGUGCUAAAACAGAACUUGGAUGGACACCUCUGCACUCUGCAUGUAACUGGAAUAAUUAUGCUUCUGUUGCAAGACUUUUGGCAGCUGGUGCUGAUCCUAUGGCUAUGUCCGAUGGUCAUCAAACUCCAUUGCAUUUGGCUGCCUCAUUAAGUCAUUGUAAAUCUACAUUGCUUAUUUUGCUUCUCAGAGAAGAUCUAGUGGAUACAGCUAGAAAAGCUAAUCAAUCUGAUGUAACUCCUGAACAGCUGGCUCGUACUCAUGGGAUCUAUUCACCUCUGUUUGAUAUGGUUUUACCAUCAGCAUCACAUAUUAGAUCAUUACCAUUUACUUGCAAUCCAUAUGUAAGAGCACAGAAUGAUAGAAUAGUUCUAUAAUAUUUAAAUAAUCCAACCAUUUAUGAAUGUUUUAAAAUGACAGUAAAUAGGUGUUUUAAUGUAAAAAAUAAUACUUGGUUUAAAUUAUUUCAUAAUUAUGUGUUUAGUAAAAAAAGGAAGUGGGUAACUUGUCAAAUAAAACACUUGCUUAUCAGUUUAUCACAUAUAUGAAUUAUAUUAAAAUAAUAAAUAAAGAA